GAAAGAAACUGCCGGCUUUCAAAAUCCUCCUCCUCCGCCAUCAUCCGCCGCGGUGCGGGGAGCAGGUGGUGUCGGAGACGGGAGUGGCGAGAACUGCCGAGAGAGCUGACGGAAGAGCGGGCGGGUAUCGGGACCCGUGGGCUCGGUGGCGGCGACCCCGACCUGACCUGACCCGGACCCUAAAUCAUUUCCCGCCCCCGCCGGGCGGACGCGCGCGCUCAGGUCGUCCCACGCGGCGACGCCGCCUGUUUACGUUUGCAGAUUUCCAGGGGAGCCCAGCAACGUGACCAGCAUGGCCUCUGAAGACAUUGCCAAGCUAGCAGAGACGCUUGCCAAAACCCAGGUGGCCGGGGGACAGCUGAGCUUCAAGGGCAAGAGCCUCAAACUCAACACUGCAGAAGAUGCCAAAGACGUGAUUAAAGAGAUUGAAGACUUUGAUGGUUUAGAGGCUCUGCGCCUGGAGGGCAACACGGUGGGCGUGGAGGCAGCCAGGGUCAUCGCCAAGGCCUUGGAGAAGAAGUCAGAGUUGAAGCGAUGCCACUGGAGCGACAUGUUCACCGGGAGGCUGCGGUCCGAGAUCCCGCCAGCUCUGACCUCACUAGGAGAGGGACUCAUCACCGCCGGGGCGCAGCUGGUGGAGCUGGACCUGAGCGACAACGCCUUCGGGCCCGACGGUGUGCGAGGCUUUGAGGCCCUGCUCAAGAGCUCCGCCUGCUUCACCCUCCACGAGCUCAAGCUCAACAACUGUGGCAUGGGCAUCGGCGGCGGCAAGAUCCUAGCAGCGGCUCUGACUGAGUGUCACCGGAAAUCCAGUGCCCAAGGCAAGCCGCUGGGCCUGAAGGUCUUCGUGGCUGGCAGAAACCGUCUGGAGAACGAUGGAGCCACUGCCUUGGCGGAAGCUUUCGGGAUCAUUGGGACUCUGGAGGAGGUCCACAUGCCUCAGAAUGGCAUCAAUCACCCUGGUGUCACGGCCCUGGCCCAGGCUUUCGCCAUCAACCCCCUGCUGCGUGUCAUCAACCUGAACGACAACACCUUCACCGAGAAGGGUGCCGUGGCUAUGGCCAAGACGCUGAAGACCUUGCGGCAGGUGGAGGUGAUCAACUUUGGGGACUGCCUGGUGCGCUCCAAGGGUGCCGUCGCCAUCGCAGAGGCCGUGCGCGGGGGCCUGCCCAAGCUGAAGGAGCUGAACUUGUCGUUCUGUGAAAUCAAGAGAGAUGCUGCUCUGGCUGUUGCUGAAGCCGUGGCGGACAAGACCAAGCUGGAGAAGCUGGACCUCAAUGGCAACAUACUGGGAGAAGAGGGCUGCGAGCAGCUUCAGGAAGUGCUGGACGGCUUCAACAUGGCCAAGGUGCUGGCCUCCCUCAGCGAUGACGAGGGCGAGGAUGAUGAGGAGGAGGAGGAGGAGGAGGAGGAAGAGGAAGGAGAAGAGGAGGAGGAAGAGGAAGAAGAUGAAGAGGAGGAGGAGGAAGAGGAGGAGGAGGAGGAAGAGCCACAGCAGGGGCAAGGAGAGGAGCCAUCUACACCGUCAAGGAAGAUUCUGGACCCGAACAGCGGAGAGCCAGCCCCCGUGCUGUCCACCCCGCCGCCCGCAGACGUCUCCACGUUCCUGGCUUUCCCCUCUCCGGAGAAGCUGCUGCGCCUCGGACCCAAGAGCUCAGUGCUGAUAGCCCAGCAGACUGACACCUCUGACCCAGAAAAGGUGGUCUCCGCCUUCCUGAAGGUGUCCUCUGUGUUUAAGGACGAAGCCGCGGUGAGGACAGCUGUGCAGGACGCAGUAGAUGCCUUGAUGAAGAAGGCCUUCAGCGCCCCCUCCUUCAACUCCAACGCCUUCCUCACUCGGCUCCUCAUUCACAUGGGUCUACUCAAGAGUGAAGACAAGAUCAAGGCCAUUGCCAACUUGUACGGCCCUCUGAUGGCGCUGAACCACAUGGUGCAGCAAGACUACUUUCCCAAGGCCCUCGCACCCCUGCUGCUGGCAUUCGUGACCAAGCCCAAUGGUGCCCUGGAGUCCUGCUCCUUUGCCCGCCACAGUCUGCUGCAGACGCUGUACAAGGUCUAGAUGCGAAGCCAGCCUCUCCCCAG